CUAAAAAAGGUAAAGAUAUAUUAUUUCGAGCAAUUUUAUCUACUAAUAUUUUAGAUAUAGAAGAUUUUGAUUCAAAAAUUCAAAAACACAUAGCUGAUUAUUUUUCUAAUGCUUAUAAUUUUCAAGAUAUUCAAAGAAUUAUUAGUCUCUAUAUUGAUGAUA